AUGGCCCCAGCAGCAGUUCUCCCCGCUCAAUCUCUUGAGAAAGAAGACCACGCUCGUGAUGCUGCCUUCUUCAAGGCGCUUCAUGGCAACACCACCGAAGCCCGUGGAGGUCUCGCUGCCAUGCGUGGCAAAGACAAGGCCGCCCAAAAAGCUGCAAUUGACGAAUACUUCAAGCACUGGGACAACAAGGCCGCCGAUGUUGAGACCGAGGAGGUCAGAAAGGCUCGGAGAGACGAAUAUGCCACCCUGACCAGACAUUACUACAACCUUGCCACCGAUUUCUACGAGUACGGUUGGGGGACUUCAUUCCAUUUCUGCCGAUUCGCCUAUGGCGAAGGAUUUUACAAGGCCAUUGCCCGCCACGAGCAUUACCUGGCACUAAAGAUGGGUAUUCAGGAGAAUGCCCGUGUAUUGGAUGUUGGCUGUGGUGUUGGUGGUCCUGGCCGCGAAAUGAUCAAGUUCACCGGUGCCAACGUUGUGGGCUUGAACAACAAUGAUUACCAGAUCGCCCGUUCAAUGCGAUAUGCACAGAAAGAGGGUAUUGCACACAAAUGGGAUGCUGUCAAGGGCGAUUUCAUGCAAAUGUCAUUCCCCGAAAACAGCUUUGACGCAGUCUAUGCUAUUGAAGCAACAGUCCACGCUCCCAAACUUCAGGGCGUGUAUGAGCAGAUAUUCAAAGUUCUCAAGCCCGGUGGUGUGUUUGGUGUUUAUGAGUGGCUGAUGACCGAUAACUAUGACAACGACAACCCCGAACACCGAAGAAUCAGACUCGGCAUCGAACAAGGUGAUGGUAUCUCCAACAUGGUCAAGGUCUCCGAAGGUCUGGCUGCCAUCAAGGCUGCUGGAUUCGAACUUGAGCACCACGAGGAUCUUGCAGAACGACCAGAUGCCAUCCCAUGGUACUAUCCUCUAGCGGGUGAACUCAAACAUGUUUCAUCUCUUGGUGAUCUCUUCACAGUUGGACGAAUGACCUGGUGGGGCCGUGGACUCGUACACAGACUUCUCGGCGUUGGUGAGACAUUGAGAGUGAUGCCAGCUGGUACACAAAAGACAGGUGACAGCCUCGCAUUAGCGGCUGAUUGCCUGGUGGCUGGAGGCAAGCAAAAGCUGUUUACACCUAUGUAUUUGAUGGUGGGACGCAAGCCUUUGGACGCUUGA